ACACACACAUAACACAUCGACUCGAUCGUCGAACGCUAACAUUACAACAACAACAACAAUGGACAUGGACGACCUCACCUUCCCUGCCACCUCGACGGCGCCGCCCGAGCCGCCGGCUGCCGUCGCAGGCCCACUCCCGGCAGCGGCGGCAGCGUGCCGCCAGCUCCCGUCCCCCCGGUUCGCGGUCGUCGCCAGAUCGCCGCCGCCCUUGUCCCCUCCUCCCCCUCCCGCCGCCGCGCCACCGCCGGUGACAAGCAGCGGAGCACCCACGCUCACCGCCGUGGCGGCGCCGGCGGGGGCGGGAGGCGACGCCACGGAGGAGGACAGGAUGGACCUGCUGUGGGAGGACUUCAACGAGGAGCUGGCGCGGGGCGCCUGCUGCUGCUGCCGCGCCGCCGCCGCCGGGCCGUGGUCGCCGUCGGACUCCGAGUCGGAGCCCGCGGCGGCCCGCGGGUGCGCGCCGGUGCUGCGGCCCUCAUCCCGGGCCGGCGCCGUCCGGCACUGCCGCCGCCGCGCCGGGACGUGGGCUCUGCUCAUGCGGAUCUUCAGGAGGCUCUUCGUUGUCGAGAAGACCGUCGUCUCCAGGCGCCAGCGCCACCGCGCCGCUGCCAAGGCGAGGGCGCGCUGACGCGACGACCACGCACCCUUGCGCAGGCGCAGCCAGGCAGGCAGUUGCCAUUUGCCUCCACGAAUGUAAUGAGUUGCUUCCUAUGCGACAAGGGAAGAAGAACCAUGCAUGCGUUGCUUCCUUCCUAUGCGAUCGUACGGCCUACUAGUAAGUUACGUAUUAUACUGCUAUGAUAAUCCAUUAGACACGGGAGUGAGGAGGUCUGCUCUUGAUGCUGUAAAUAAAUAGGAUUUCAGUGUUGUUCAUCGUCAGCUGAUACAGAGAAAUUAGAGCAGUGCCAUAGCAAUGUCGUCAUUAAAUCUCUUCAUUCUCCCACUGUAAAUUAAUAAUUUAUUUAUUACU